CGUAGGGUAGUUCACUGUUCAGGGACAAUGUUUAUUUUAAUAAUUUUUUAGUUCAUUUGCAAGUAGUUAUAGCCGUAUUCUAUUACGUGAACGUUCAUUCUAAUAAGUAGUUUGUUUACUUUAGCUGUACGCUAGAAUUUUCGUUUGUUUUUAAACAUGUCUCGUAGACCCCAUACAAAAUCGCGUAUAAAAGUGUGUGAUAAAUCUGUUUUCCACCUUCAAGAUAAGAAGGCAGACGAGAGCGUGUUGACGAAUGGUCUGAUUAAGUCGGCUAAGCGUACGGGGCAGCUCAACCUGAGCGGGCGCGGCCUGGGAACUGUCCCAGAAAACGUGUGGAAAAUAGAGGAGCUGGUAUUAGAGGAGGUGAAAGAAGUGGAUUUUGUGCGAGAGGACCGGCACAACUGGUGGAACAGUGAGCCCCUGAAGUUCCUGGACCUCAGCUCCAAUGCCAUCGCUGCCAUUCCUCCCGACGUUAAAUUCUUGCAGGAGCUUGUCACUUUGAAGCUUCACAACAAUGCAUUAACCUCCCUGCCAGAAGAAAUAGGCGAGCUGAAGAACCUGUCCAACCUCAGCCUGAACCAUAACAAGCUAGUCACUCUGCCAAAUUCUUUCUUCCGGCUCGGUGAGCUCCGGUGGCUCAGCCUCGCUCACAACCAGCUUGAGAAGAUACAACCUGACUUUGGCGAUUUGGUCAUGUUGACCUUUCUGGAUCUGUCCCACAACAAACUCGCCGCCCUGCCCCCGGGCAUGGGCUACCUAGUGCGCUUAGUGGAGCUCAAUCUGUCACACAACCAGCUGCAAGAGCUACCGCCUGACAUCGUCAAUUUAAGAGACCUAAAGAAAAUGAACAUAAGCAACAACAAUCUACGCUCGCUGCCGGCACUUGGGGAGCUCAGACGAAUGGAAAUACUAGACGCGAACCACAAUGAUAUUCAAGAGUUACCGGACUGCUACGGUUGUACAGCUUUGAAAGAAAUCUAUUUGGCUAAUAACUACAUUAAGGAAAUAACUGAAGAGUUUUGUGAUCAAAUGCAACACCUGAACGUGCUGAACAUCAGAGACAACCAACUGGAGGUGUUACCGGAGAAUGUCACUUUGCUACAGAAGCUGAAACGACUAGACCUUAGCAAUAACAGUCUAAACAAGCUACCCAAAAACCUCGGCCUCCUAACCCAACUCCAAAGCAUCAGCAUGGACGGCAACAAGCUGUCCUUCGUGCGACAAGACGUGAUCCGCGGCGGCACCGACCGCAUGAUGAAGUUCCUCCGAGACCGCAUGCACGACGAGAUCCAAGCCGAAACCAGGGUCAAUAAAGACCAGUGGCCGGACAAGUUCACACUAAAGAAGAACCAAGCAUUAAUGUUGCCCGGCCGAGAAUUGACGUCGGUUCCCGACGAGGUGUUCUGUAACGCGGCCGAAGCGCAAGUGCAUAUCAUCGACAUAUCCAAGAACAAUUUGACACAAGUGCCUACAGGCAUAUAUAUCGUGCGAGAGACGCUAUCGCAACUCGUCUUAUCUUCUAACCACCUGUCGGAACUGCCCGCCGGGGUGGGACAAUGCAAACACCUUCAGCUCCUGGAUAUCAGCAAGAACAGCCUCAGUGAGCUGCCGCCUCAACUGGAGGCUCUCAAAGAACUAAGGGAACUCGUCAUAUCCAACAACAAGUUCACCCACAUCCCACAUUGCGUAUACUCGCUGGAUAACCUCGAGAUCCUACUAGCGGCCGAGAACAAGAUCAGCGAGAUCAACGUCUCGUCGGACGCGCUGGCGAAGCUGCCCCGCCUCGCUGUGUUAGAUCUCGCUAACAACAGCAUCGCUAGCGUACCACCAGAGCUGGGCAACUUCACACACCUGAGGUCUCUAGAGCUGAUGGGCAACAUGUUCCGGCAGCCGCGUCACGCCAUCUUGGAAAAAGGCACCGCCUCAAUACUGUCGUACCUCAGGGACCGCAUCCCCACCAAAUAACGCCUUGCCCGAGGGCCACAGCACGCUCCGAGCCCCUCUAUUGGCUAUGUGCGAAGUUGGUGGUGGGGGUAAAACGACGUGAUGAAAAUAUGAACUUUCCUGGGAAGACAUCUUACUAUUUGGCAGCUGUCAACUGUCAAAUCAACAAUAUGUCCCACACCCACUAGCAUCCCACUAGGCUUGCGCCACAGUCAUGCACGGAGCGAAUACAUUUGUUUUAACGGAAGUAUGGCGGUCGGCGUUAGCAGCGAGUAUACAGUGUGGAAAGAAUGGGCCCUGGAGGGAAAAUGCCUUAUUUGCUCAAAGGAAAUAUUCUUUUAUUUUUUUAAAGAAACAAAACAUUCAAAGAUUUUUUGAAAUUUGCUUGUUUCACCCGGGGAUCGAACCGACUAAACAUAAAAAAAAACACUAUUUUAUUCUACUAUCCGAUACAGUUAAUGUUAAUGAUAACAUUUCUCCAAGAAACAUGAGACCUUAAACUUGUCUGUCGUACAAAAUAUCCUUUAUGGAUAUUUAGUAUUCAAGAAUAUUUUUAGACAAGCAAAAUUGAAUUAAAAAAAAUCUUUGAAUGCAGUUUUGUUUAUAAAAAAAAGGUUUCCUUUAAGCAAAAUGAGCUAACUUAAGGUUCUGAGGUACUUUCCCUCCAGGGCACAUUCAUUCUUUCCACACUAUGUUUCGUGGCCCAGACGGUUGCUGAUACCACGCUGAAGGGGUGUACUUCAGUGGGGCUAAGAGGGGCAGCUAAAAACGGGUAAGUAGAUGCGCAUUUAUACGUGUUUAUUCAUGUUUUACAUUGCAAUACGUAUACGUCUCCUCUGGGGACAUGUCGCUGGACGUGACGCUGUGCGAAGCGUACGACGCACGAGACCAAGCCCUUAUUUCUCGCAAAUAAAAACGUAUCGUAAGAUUUUCAGUAAGGUUCGAAUAUGAAACUCGUAUUUAUUUUGACAUUGUCUCUCACUCUUCAAAAAUUGAAAAUAGAUUCCCAUCCGGAAGAAGGCAUGAAGUUUUGCAUUCUUUUAUAGGCUACUACAUCGGUCAAAUAUAUUAAAAAUGCAAAGCGUGAUGUGAAACUGUAUUUUUGUAUGUUAAAUACGUACAGCGCUGUGGGUAGGCUUAAAUUAUUUCAUAUUUAAUGCACUAACUUUUGUCAAAAAACCUAUAGUUUUUUUUACCGCAAAAACGGAAAAAAGUCCGAUUUUUUUGCAAUUUUUAGCAAACUACGCAGAAAGCACAAAAUACUUUCACAUUCCAAAAUACAGCUUUACAUCACGCUUUGCGUUUUUAGAGUUUUUGUAAGAUUUGACUGCUGUAUACCUACACACAAACCUACAAACAUAAAUAAAUUUGAAUACAAGUUGUAAGGUUUUCAUUUCAUCUCAUUUCAUAUACUUAGGUUUUUUCUCUUCAUUGAGCACAAGCUCUGAAUUGCAUUUUUUGACAAGAUAUGUAUAGUCUGCAUCUUCUCAAAUGAUUUUUACGCUUAAGACGGUAAUCUGUUAAACAAAAGCCAUUGUCUCUUUUAUGUGAGCGGUCGUCCAUUGUGUGUUGGCGCGUGCCACGGCGCGUGCGGCGCUCACUUACAAUGGCCGUCCGCUCACACAAAAGAGAUUACCGUCUUAAGCGUAAAAAUCAUUUGAGAAGAUGCAGACUAUAGUUGCAACCUCUUUAAGAAAUGUCUAUAGAUACCAAGUAUCGUACUUUCUUCCGGAUCGGACUAUAUUGAAAGCAGGGACCGGACAACCCUUUCCGCGAUAAAACCCCUUUCAAUGGGCGACACUUAAACACGGCUAACACAUUGAAAGACUUUCCCUUUUGAACUGCAAGCCCAUUCAUACCCCUACCUUUGACUAACCCUUACCGAAAAGCUAACCAAAAAUAAGGCUAGCCCUUAAUAAGGGUUACCCUUAUCUUUAAGCGCUUUUUAUAAAGGUUUCCCUUUGCGUGAAAGAGACAGGAUUAGUAUAUAUCUACGGUAGUGUAUGAAAAGGAAAGAAAAUACGUGCCUAGUCAAAGAACGCCGCCGUCGCCGCCGACGAUCGCUCGGAUUCGAAGUAAUGUGUGCUUUAUGAACAAGGUAGACGGCUUAAAUUAGCACGCUUAUAUGCUAAAAGUGAAGCCCUUUAUAAGGCUAACCCUUAUAAGCAAUAUGCAAGGUGUUGGUGAGCGGAUGAUAAGGGUUUUGUAAGGGUAUUUGGGCUACCGAUUACUCAAAUGUGGUAGCUUUAUAUAAGGGUUUUUAAAAGCAAAACAAAGGGUUUCGUCUGGCAAAGGGUAUGGUGAGUUAAGCCUUAUGCAAUACCCUUAUAAAACCCCGAUAAGGGAUAGCGGGCCGGUCCCUGAUUGAAAUCUAAGAAACCCCAUCAUACAUAGUUCUUAGAUACCAUCAAGUAGAUUUUAAGUCGCUAUACACGCGGUCCAUUGCGUUAUUCUAUAAUAAUAUAUUACUAUGUAUGAUACCUCGAUACCAUCAUGUACGAUUCAUAGCGCGGGAGCAACUUAUUAAGCCAAACCCAAGGAAAUUUGAACCCUUCUGAAUUACGCAAUGGACGUUGCUAUUGCUUUACCAUACAGCCAGAGAAUAUCAAGCCAAAGUAGUUUUAGAACACCAAAUAUUAUGUUUUUGCGUACCUGUGUCACCCGCCAUUUUGUUUAUUGUAUACUUUGUUGUUUAUGCUAUUGUUAUGCACUUAAGUUAAAUCAUUGUUAUUUUUUGAGCUUGUUAUUAAGUAAUUAAUUUGCGUAAAUAUUCUUAUACAAAUAUAUUAGGUUGUGACAUUGUAUUAAUAAUUAUUAAUAAUAAUAAAAAAUGUAUUGGAAGAUAAGAAUUGGAUAAAAAAAAGCUAAAUUUAUUUACUAUACCUACGUUAGAAGUAUGAUCUAUCAACAAAAAACAUUCUACGUAACAAAUACGCCUAAACUAUGCCAAAUAAAGGAAAAAAAUAUUUUUCUGUUGAAUCUAUUAUCGUAGAAACUUGCUCAAUAGAAAUGACAGCCAAAUGAUCAAAUAAUUAUAUUUUCAUUGCAAUGCGCAUGUUUAAAUCUGCAGCUAUCAUCACCAAUUUAAAAGGUUUAUGUAACAUAGCGGUAAUUGUAAUUAUAAUUUUUCCAAGUACGCUUUUAUGCUAACGAAUGUGAGAAAAAAAAGUAUGUGAAAUGCUAACGCACAGCUAUACCUAAGGUUAUAAGUUAAAAUUAAUAACAGUAAAAUUCUCCAAGACGUU